AUUCUGCUGGCGCGUCUCCGCCUGUCGGGCUGCUCGGAACGGCCUCGCUUCGACACAUAACCCGCUGAUUUUAUAAUGUUUUGUACAGUAUUAUAGCCGUGUUACUGGUGUCGGGCUCCGGACCCCCCGAGUGCCGCUGAAUUAUAAUAUUACUGGGAUUUGAGGAGACUGGAAGCGUUUAAAGUAAUAAAGAUGAUGUGUGUUAUGCUGCUACUGCUGCUUACUCCCUCCUUCACACCGGGCCUGGUACAUUCCAGUUCGGUCCUCCCCGUCCCCCAGGCCGUGUCGGUGCGGAGGGAUCUGGGCUCUCAGGCUCUGGUUGUGUCGUGGCUGAGUGAUGCGUCACAGUUCGACAUCGAGAUUUAUCGUCCUGAACUCAUGGAGCUCGCCCUCAACGAGAGCGUUUCGGUCGCCGCGGACCCUGUGACGAGGAGUCGGGAAUGGGCGUGGCACUCACCGGUGCCGCUGGAAUGCACCUCCCACUCUGUACGCAUCAGAGCAAGAGAGCUGGACGCUGUGAGCCAGUGGAGCCCCCUACAGACCAUCCCUGGCAUGGACGUGCCCGACAGGCGUCAGGGGCAGAUGUACCCUCAGGACCGGGUGCUGGAGGUGGGCGGUAACGUCACCCUGUGCUGCAUCGUACCCGAGGGCGUGGCCUUCAGCAGCAUGCGCUACAGGAACCACAGCCUGGCGUCGUCCAUGCUGAGUCGCAGGAGCUUCGUCUCCACCCUCCCUGACCUGCAGCCCUCAAUCUCCUCCGGUACCAACGUGGUCUGCUGCUCCGAGACGUCCAUCAUCACCGGCACCGUGCUCUUCAUCGGCUACCCCCCGGCUGAUGAGGGGUUGCUGUGUGAGACUCGUGAUCUGCAGACCGCCGAGUGUCGCUGGAGGAAAGGACGAGAUACAAACUUCUGGAAACGCUCCAUUCUCACCAGAUACACACUCAACAACAGACCUUGUGUGGAUGUUAGCAGAGACAGGAAGCAGUGUCGCUAUGAUCGAUGGGAGAACAAUUGGACUCUGCUGGCUGAAAAUCCCCUUGGAUCAGUCCGACUUAACGACUCUGCCCACAUCGCUCACCGUGUGCGGCUCUUGGCCCCGGUGAACGUAUCCUCUGCAGCAGAGGCGUGGAGGGCCACAGUUGGGUGGAGCUGGACUGUGAAGGCGUAUAAAGAUCUGGAGCUGGUGUGUAUGGUGGAGCUGAACAGCGGGGGGCGCUCAGACACUCGUAACUUUACAGGUGUAGGACUCUCCUCCAUGCUGUUGGAAAGACUGAAGCCGGAUGUUGAAUACACCUUCUCUAUACGCUGUGCCUCCCUUCAGCACUUCUGGCGAUGGGGAGACUGGAGCGCCCCCUACAGCCUGCACACUCUAAUGGACCUUACUGUAGAGUGGUUUCUUUCAGGUCCUGAAGCUCCAGAUGUGUGGGUGUGGAGGACCAGUAAAAACACAGGACAAGUCUUUUGGAAGCCUCUCUCGGCCGGUGACUCUCACGGGGCUCUGACGGGGUACGAGGUGUAUCAGAGAGAUGGAGACGGAGAGCGGUGGACCAUCAUCUCUCUUACUCCCAGCAGCUCUCCCAUCAGCCUCAGCAACACCAGCGACGAUACAGUAAUAGCUACGGCGGCUCGAAACCCGGCCGGCGUCUCUCAGCGCUCCACCAUCAUCGUCCCACAGUUCCUCUCAGACCCGGAGGUGUCCGUGUCGGAGCUGGUGGGCAGCCGAGAGGGUUUGGUUCUUUCCUGGAACGGCGGGCACAAUGCCAGUCAGGGCUACGUGGUGGAGUGGGUGCCCACCUGCUGCUCUGGCCUCUGCUCUGUCCAGUGGCAGAAGGUUUCAUCAUCCAACACCAGCACUGUCAUCCAAUCAGGCUCUCUGGAGGCUGGAGUGCAGUACACCGUCUCUGUUUUCGUUCUCCUUCCUGAAGCUACAGUGCUGCUCCAGAGGCACCAUGCGUACGGGGAACAGUUGGUUCCCUCUCAGCCAGUGGGGGCGCUCUCAGCUCGUCAGUCCGGCUCUGACGUGGUCCUGUCCUGGACUCCCGUUAGCUCGUGUGACCAGAGAGGUUUUGUUCGCGGGUACACCGUGUACCUGGCUGAUGCCUCCAACCUGAGCCUCAUAGCUAAUCUAACAGAUCCCGCCGUGACCUUGUACACCAUGAAGAAUUUGCCGCUGGGGUCCUACAAGUUCUCGGUGAGGUCGUACACCUCAGCAGGGGAGAGCAGCGGAUCCCCCGUCUCCAUCAAAACCGAAUCCGACGCUGAUAUGAUGGUGCUGGAGAUCCUGGUGGCGUUGGGAGUGAUGUCACUGUGUCUUAUCUUCAUCAGCAUCUUCUGCUAUAAGAAGAGAGAAUGGGUGAAGAAAGCUUUCUACCCUGAGAUACCUGGACCUAAACUAACCGGGGACUGGUCAGCACCACCGGCUCCUCUGGACGUGAAGCCUCCGCCCCACAGUCUGGUCCACAUUGUGGAGAGUCCGGAUAAAGAGGGCCUGAUGCUGGUACCAGAGGAACAGGAGGAACCGGCUCAGCAUCACCAUGACGACGAGGAGAACGUAGAGAUGGACACGGAUUCGGACGAGCCGACUCUGCUGCGUUACUACAACCAGCUGGUCAGCGACGGCUCCGGCUUCUCCGGCAGCUCGGAGGAUUCUGCACAGACCCAGGUCACCUACACGGGGAUCCAGAGUCCCGGGUACAGGCCGCAGGUGCAGCCCGGGGUCCGGUUCGGCCUGGAGCAGGAGGAGGAGGCGCAGGAGGAGGAGCAGGAGAACCCCGGCGCAGGCUACAAACCUCAGUGCUCGUGGAGACCCCACUCUCCCGAAAACGACAACUUGAGUGGCUCUCUGGGAAGCCCCACCUCGGUCACGUCCUCACAGUUCCUCAUCCCCGAACCCCCGGAGGAUCCGCCAGAACCGCGGGGCACCUGGUUACACCACCUGUUUUACAGGAGUUCUAACUAGCAUUAGCGUAGCAUGUAGCUGAGACGGCGGAUGGUGCAUCAGAACCCCUCCGUACCGCUGCAGGUCAUUCAGAACGUGUCUGCUGGGGAGCGGGGCGUACCGGCAGCACACGUACAGGAGCGCGUCUUCAGAAUCACGCACUUCCACACGACUUAGCUAAAAAACCCAAGUCCAAAAGUAAAUGGACACGCUGCUCCUGUUCCUCCGGUUAGCUUCUGCGCUUGAAUUACUGAGCUGCGUCCACGCCGCACGUCUCAGUCAUCACUACAUGAGGAGUGAACUCUGACCUUUUAUUUCGGCUGAAGUGUUCCGUAACCCUGCAGUGAUCUCAGUACUGAGCCUCCACAUCAUCAUCUAAACUGUACUGGGGGGGUGGAGCAGCGUUCCUCUACAGCGCCCCCCACUGAUCAUGAAGUCUUAACACAGAGCCCCCGGAACACCUGACUACAGGCGUCACUCAUUCAGGCCUGAAUGUUCUCUUGGUGUAUGCUCCUGUGUGAGCCUGUAUGAUUCGUACUGCAGUGUGUGUGUGUAAUUAGCCAGUAGAGGGCGCUGUGCUUUAGUCGUGCUGUAGCAUGUAUCGAUAUGGAUAUACAUUAUGAAUAUACAUGUAGGCAUCGGUCAGUAUAAGCUCACUUAAUGCUAAUGCUGCUGAACUUAUGGGCAGGAAUUGGAGAUAGGCCAAUCAGGGUGCAGCACUGUGUGAUUGACAGCAGUGCAGGUGUGUAGCUACACUACAGUGUGUCAUCAGUGUUUUUAUUGGAAUUUUAAACCAAGUGCUUUUACUUUGUCACCUUAUUAACAUUACCACAGUAUAUCACGUUAUAUCAGCAGCAGCAGUACUGACAUGCUACUGACGCAUCACUGACGCAAUACUGACACGUUACUGAUACAACACGGACUCAUUAUUGAUUAGUUACUGACACUUAACUCGCUCAUUAAUACGUUACUGACACGUUACUGAUAUACAUUACUGACACGUUACUGAUAUACAUUACUGACACGUUACUGAUAUACAUUACUGACACGUUAUAUACAUGUUUCCAACAUGUUACUGGUACAUGAUGUGUUACUGACAUGUUUACUGACACUUUUACUGACAUGUUCCCGACAGACUACUGACACGUUACUGCAGUAUGAUGGGUGUAAGCUUUAUCAGUAUUGUGUUUGUGUGCUUCCAAAGAAUGAUUAAAAGCUGUAAAGACUAAAUCAGAUCAGAUGUGUUUGGGAGUGAGAUGACGAGUUUGUAUGAUUGUAAAUAUUUGCUCAGUAUUUUGUUGUAAUGUUUCUGUACUGAAUCGUGAUGUUUGUGUUUCUCAUCACUACUGAGCAUCAGAAAUGAAUCAUCUCAGUUUAACUUUCUACUCUUCAACUGUGGCUACGUGCUGAUCAUCUACCGUCCCAUUAUAUAGAAUCCUGCUCUCUGAUUGGCUGGCAGCUGUGUCCUUAUGCCUCAGAGGGAUUCUGAUUGGAGGAAUGGAAUUUAGGUUUGUUUUUAGCUGCUGAUGAAACAGUAAUAAUCGUUUAUCCAUGAUUAUUACACCAUGAAGUAACGAUUUAUUAAAGGAUACGAGGCAUCAAGUCCAACUCGACCCCGACCCAACAAUGCACCUUCAUAGAGCGAUAAUGUGUAACCAUAGCAACCACCACCUAAAUUCUGCUUCAUGUGAGGCACUAUAAGGUUUUCUUAAUGUAAUAUAAGACAGAUAUCAGCACAUACCUACAGUCUGCUGAGUGUGUGUGUGUGUGUGUGUGUGUGAGAGAGUGUGUGUGUGAGACAUUCAGGACUCCAGCUUCAUCUUUAUUCUGAUGAAUUUGUGAGAGAUAUUGUGCACUACAUGGGGUACAGGGGGCAUUAUUACUCUAAUACACUAUAUAAUACUAUAAUCUAACACUAAUACUGCUCUCUCUGUGUGUGUGUGUGUGUGUGUGUGUGUGUGUGUGAGAUAUAAAUGUAAAUACAGAUGCUGAUGAUACUCUAAACCUACAGUCUUUAUGGAAGCUAAUAAAACAUGUAAACCCAAA